AUGGACUCCCCACUUAAGCACGUUCACACAGUGUGGGAACGUAUGCGCACAAACAGUCCUAUAUACGCUUUCCUUCUUGAUCAGGUCGAAAUCUGUCAUGCUGAAAAUGGCGUUGUGCGUGCUCGACUUCAGGUAGCACCUCAACAUAUCAACUCGAAAGGGACUCUGCAUGGUGCCUUUUCCGCUUGUGUCACAGACUGGGCCGGUGGAUUGGCCAUUGCAUCUUGUGGUCUGGAUUCAACUGGUGUCAGCGCAGAUAUUCAUGUCAGCUACCUUUCUGCAGCAACGACCAAUGACUGGCUCGAGAUUGAAGGUCGUGCCGACAAGGUUGGAAAGAACCUUGCGUUUACAACCAUAAGUAUCUCGAAAAAGGGCAGCGCAGGCGAACUGGCGAUAGUUGCGCGGGGAUCCCAUACGAAAUACAUCAAGACCCAAUAA